AGGCACCGAGCUCCGUCGGCUCGUUUCCGGCGGUCGCGCGCUCUUUUCUCGGGACGGUGGAGGCCGUGCAGCGUCGCCUUUACUCUGAGCAAAGAACUGCGGGCAGAGGCAGUCGGGGGGUAGAGAGGACUGGGAGGCAGACACUUGGCGGUGUGCAAAUCGAAGUCAAGGGGGAAGGGCCUCAAUAUGUAUCCUAAGCUGGCCUGAAACCUAGGGUCAUCCUCUGAAGCCCGAGCCACUAAGCUUUGCUUUCAUAAUAAUUUCUAUUAACGUGUAAAUACAUGUGGAUUCCUUUGAGUGAUAGAAGCUACUGAGGCUGGAUCCAUUCAUUUCUAAUUAGAGACUGGUGGAAACAUGUUUCUUGGUUCUUAACCUGAGAAAAGGGUGCAAAAUGCAGAGCAAUAAAACCUUUAACUUGGAGAAGCAGAAUCAUACUCCAAGGAAGCAUCAUCAACAUCACCACCAGCAGCACCAUCAGCAGCAGCAGCAACAGCAGCAGCAGCAGCAGCAGCAGCAGCAGCCCCCACCCAUUCCUGCAAAUGGACAGCAGGCCAGCAGCCAGAAUGAAGGCUUGACUAUUGACCUGAAGAAUUUUAGGAAACCUGGAGAGAAGACCUUUACCCAACGUAGCCGUCUCUUUGUGGGCAAUCUUCCCCCUGACAUCACUGAGGAGGAAAUGAGGAAACUUUUUGAGAAAUAUGGAAAAGCAGGCGAGGUUUUCAUUCAUAAGGAUAAAGGCUUUGGCUUUAUUCGCUUGGAAACACGAACCCUAGCAGAAAUUGCCAAAGUGGAGCUGGACAAUAUGCCACUCCGUGGGAAGCAGCUGCGAGUGCGCUUUGCCUGUCACAGUGCAUCCCUUACAGUUCGCAACCUUCCUCAGUAUGUCUCCAACGAACUGCUGGAAGAAGCCUUUUCUGUGUUUGGCCAAGUGGAGAGGGCUGUAGUCAUUGUUGAUGACCGAGGAAGGCCCUCGGGGAAAGGCAUUGUUGAGUUCUCAGGGAAGCCAGCUGCUCGGAAAGCUCUGGACAGAUGCAGUGAAGGCUCCUUCUUGCUAACCACAUUUCCUCGGCCUGUGACUGUGGAGCCUAUGGACCAGUUAGAUGAUGAAGAGGGACUUCCGGAGAAGCUGGUUAUAAAAAACCAGCAAUUUCACAAGGAGAGAGAACAGCCACCCAGAUUUGCACAGCCUGGGUCCUUUGAGUAUGAGUAUGCCAUGCGCUGGAAGGCACUCAUUGAGAUGGAGAAGCAGCAGCAGGAUCAAGUGGACCGGAACAUCAAGGAGGCUCGUGAGAAGCUGGAGAUGGAGAUGGAGGCAGCACGCCAUGAGCACCAGGUUAUGCUGAUGAGGCAGGAUUUGAUGAGACGUCAAGAAGAGCUUCGGAGGAUGGAGGAGCUGCAUAACCAGGAGGUUCAGAAACGAAAGCAGUUAGAACUCAGGCAGGAAGAGGAACGUAGGCGCCGAGAGGAAGAGAUGCGGCGACAACAAGAAGAAAUGAUGCGACGACAGCAGGAAGGAUUCAAGGGAACCUUCCCUGAUGCGGUAUAUCUCCCAUGUGCCUAUGAUGUGAGAGAACAAGAGAUACGGAUGGGUCAAAUGGCUAUGGGAGGUGCUAUGGGCAUAAACAAUAGAGGCGCCAUGCCCCCUGCUCCUGUGCCACCUGGUACUCCAGCUCCUCCAGGACCUGCUACUAUGAUGCCAGAUGGAACCCUUGGAUUGACCCCACCUACAACUGAACGUUUUGGGCAAGCUGCUACAAUGGAAGGAAUUGGAGCAAUUGGUGGAACUCCUCCUGCAUUCAACCGUCCAGCUCCGGGAGCUGAAUUUGCUCCAAAUAAACGCCGCCGAUAUUAGAUAAAGUUGCAUUGUCUAGUUUCCUGCAGCCUUUAAAAAGGCGCCCUUUUUGGACUAGCCAGAAUUCUACCCUGGAAAAGUGUUAGGGGUUCUUCCCAAUAGAUAGGUCUUCCCUGCUUGUACUACUCUAGGGAGAAUGCUUGAAGGCAGAGGGGCAAGGGAGGGGUGGUAUUUAACAAGUCAAAGUCUGUGGUAUAGUGCUUUAUCAAGUCUGUCUGGUGCAUUCCUGAAGUAUACUGAUUGUUGAGGGCCUGGAGAACCAUAGGAAAAUGGACUCAGAGCUCCAUUAAUCCUGAUCAUUCCUUCUCUCUCCAUUGGGUUUUAAUUACUUUCUCAUCAACCCCAGAGACACUGCCAUAUAUACCACAAAACAUAAACAUCCUCCAAUGACCUAGCCCCAUUCCUUCAUUCACUCCCAGGUAAGAAUUCAGACAAAUGUCCACAGAGGUUACAGCGCACAUACGGUUCUGUUAUAAAUCAUAUAUGACCCCUUCACGUCCUAAGGAAGACAUUUUCUCUUAGAGGUUUUCAUUUAGUAUACCUUAAAAGAAUCUUGUGUUAACUUGCCUCCAUCUUUUUCUCGGGUAAGGACUACACUUUUGUGUCUCUGAUGUUGCUGUUCACAGCUUUUGUUGAUAGGCCUAGUACAAUCUUGGGAACAGGGUUGCUGUGUGUUGAAGGUCUGACAGUAGCUCUUAGUCUUGCCUAUCUUAGGUAGCUACGCUGUGCAUUUUUAUUGGUGUACUAUUUGUUCCUGAUACCUUCAAUUUGAAAUUUUUUCUGAGAAAUGGAACAGUAAUGCAGCAUCACCUUAUUAAAAUACAUUUGAAGCCUUUUCA